CAGGAUCUAAUUAUGCAUGAGAAACUGCACGCUAUUUCCUUUUCUUCUCUGAAUAAAUUCUUAAAAAAGGCAAAGCCGAAAUUUGUGCUCAUAUCAUCUAGAAGAGUUGAUUCGUUCUUGGCUCGUUUGCUGGGUUUUACAAAAGGCAAUGCUAGUCUAUCCAUGAUAUUUUCUUCUCGCAGGAGCAUAGAGUUGCUGCACGAGAAAUUGAGCAAUGCAUCAACACUGAAGCAUUGCUAUAGGGAUUUUCAUCUGGUUUCUAUCGAGGAGAUGGAGCAUGAAGUGCACUCUGAUGUGAACCCAUUCAUGAAGACCCAUUCAAUAGGUUACCACACUGCUAGAUUAAUCCUCAUCAGGAAGAGUUUCAUGGAAAUGUUCUGUUCAAUGUAGCAUGUGUUUGAAAAGAGCUUGGCGGUGGCCCCUGGCCGGGCUUAAUCGGGCUUAGAUGGGCCUAGAACAAGGAAAAAUCUCUAGUGCAGCGUGCUGCUUAUUUUCACAUCAAUCAGAUGAUACUUGCUGUAGGUAACACUGCGCGCCUGCAAUGACAAUCCAUCCUAAAAGGCGUUGAGAUUCUUUACAUUCUCUCAAAAUCAUUAGUUUUUUAGGACACCUGUCCUCUGAGGCCUUAGUCCUUUUCUAGAACAAUUUGUAGCUUGGUUUUACAUUAUCAAUCUUGUCACGAGAUAUUAGAGCCCCUCUCCAUUGGGGAUGUGGAUUGUGUAUAGAAAGAUGGACACAACCAUAUUUAAUGUAGUCAUUAGCAUUGGAGAAGAUAUUUAUACCUUAAUCUUGUUUUUUAAGUGACAGUGUAUUUUCCAACCAUCCAUAUCUCAC